AUGCUACCGAGACGCGUGCCAUUAAGUCUUUUCAGGCGAACCAAGCCGUCGUUGUGUCGCGCCUACAGCUCUAGCCACGCUAUCAGAGAGCACGAUGUAGUGAUCCUACGUCAACGAGGGGCCAAAGAGCCCAAAUUCCACCUCUCACCUCCUCUCCGACCGGACGCGGCGAUCAAGCUUUCCUACGGUAGCAAAGUAAACGCCUCCGACAUCAUCGGCAAGUCCUUUCUCGACUCGAUCAAGGACAGCGGCGGCCGCAAUGUGCGACUCCUCGAGGCCUCGCUCGGGCAAUACGUCGCCAACUCCCCGCGCGUGGCGACACCGAUCUACCCCCAGGAUGCCAACCUCAUCGUGUCCUUCCUCGACCUGAAUCUUCCCGUGCCCGGUGAGGACCCGGACUUUGACGCCGGCCCGCCCGUCGAGAUCUUCGAGGCCGGCACGGGCAUGGGCGCGCUGACGCUGCAUCUCGCACGCGCGAUCCACGGCGCCAACCCGCCCUUGCCGCCGCGCCUCCGUGACGCACUUUGCACAGCACCGUACGCGAAGAACACGCUUCGGAAGGAGGUUGCGUCAGACGAGGCAGCGAAGGAGGAGGAUAAGAAAGUGCCUAAAGCAGUACCGCACGCUCUCGAUAUCGAAGACCCGGAACUUGCGGCGCUGUACAAGGAGCACCUGGCGAGUCGUAGGGCGAUCCUGCACACGUUGGACGUCAAUCCGACAUCGAGCCGGAUGGCCCACGGCCUCGUUCGGCACUUCAAGAGGGGCCUGUACCUCUCCGACGUCGACUUCCACGUCUGCACAAUCCGAUCGUACCUGGCCUCGCGCCUCGCCGAGAAUGGAGGCGAGGCGUUCCUCUCGCACGUGAUCCUCGAUCUCCCGGCCUCACAGGACUACGCCGACAUGGCCGUCAAGGCCCUCCAGCCCGACGGCAAAGUCGUCAUCUUCUUCCCGUCCAUCACGCAGAUCCUCGACUUUGUCGUCUGGGCAAAGGACACGGAGCAGCCGCUGGUGCAGGACCGCGUUGUAGAGCUGCAGACAUCGACGUCGGGCGAUGACAUGUUUCAGGACGGCACGGGCGGUCGGAACUGGGACGUCAAGGUUGUGAAUAUUCGCAAGGCGAUUGAGAGGGGUGAGACGGGUGCGGCGGCGAGGGGGAUCGUUUGCCGGCCCAAGGUCGGAUCGCGAGUUGUCGGGGGCGGCUUUGUUGCGGUGUUUACAAAGUUGCCUCCGACGGCUGCCAAGCUAGAGGAGAGCGCGGAUGAGGUUGUAGCUGUUCCUGAAAUUACAUCUGUCCCCGAGACUGAGGCAUUGCCCUGA